UCGGAGGCCCCGCUCGGCCUCUCUGAGGGCCGGGGGAGGCCUUUAACCGGCGGGGGUGGUGAGGGGCUGAGGGGGAAAUCGGGUCCUCCUUCGCCGCCCGGCCCCUUUUCGGUGUCUCCGCGCAAGGCUGGGAGGCUCCGCUCGCAUGGAGCAACUGCGGCCGCGGCUGCUGAGGACCUACUCGGGGCUGAGGGGGCGAGCGAACCGCGGAGGACGAGCGGGAGGCAAGGCCGGGCUGAGGCUCCUGCCGCGGGCGACGCCCUGGAUCUCGCCCCCCGCCGACCCCAAGCGCUUCUUCAGCACCAGCUCCUCCGUGGAGGCCUCCUGCUCCUCGGCCGCCUCCCUCGACGACGACGACGGCCACGACGACCCGGAUUUCCGCCCGCCAGACAAGGCCCGCCCGCCGUCCGCCAAAAAAGGGGGCAAGAAGAGGAAGAACCGGGGGGGCCCCAAGGAGAACAAGCCUCCCCCCAAAGGGAAACUGAGCAGCAGCAGCAGACGACCCUUUGUGCCCCCCACCCCCCUCCGCAGGAACGUCACCUGCCGACGGCCCCAGAAGGGCCCCCCGCUUGGCCCCAAGGGCCCCACUCGCCUGCGGGGGGCUCCUCUGCUGUGCAGCACUCCUGAGUGGCCCCUCCUGACCCCAUUGGGGGCCCAAAGGAGGUGGGCCCCCCAGGAGGAAGACGAGGAGAAAGACCUCCACAGCCCCGUCUCCCACCCUCCAGGUUGCCGACGCCGACGCCCGUGGGAAGUGUUCCGAGAAGGCAGCGGGGAGUCCCACCAUGGGGCCCUCCUGGAGCUGAGCGUGCUGAAGAUGGAUUUGGAAGGACAGGAAAUGGGGGACUCUCUGCAGCUCUUCAGCCCCGAGGAGGCCAGACCACGUCCACAAAAGUCGCCGGGGGACGGUUCGCUGAUGGACCCUGCACCUCCGGAGGGCUUUAGAGAGACGACUGGCUCUCCCAUCCAAAGCACUUUGCAGCGUUGCGAGACCCGGAGUGGGACGGAAGCCUCCCCGGUUAUGCGAGAGCAGAGCCCGGACCGAGGGUCCGAUCGAGAUCGUGCUUCGGUGACGGAAGCGAGCCCUGCUGCCCGAAGUCCUGUUUGCGGCGUUUUCCAACUUCAAGCCAGAAUGCAGGGUGGCAAAAUUGCGCUCUGUCCCCGAAAAGAGUCCGUUUUUCUCGCUCAGGAGCGAGAGCUGAGCUUCACUCAGGACGUUAAUGCUCCCGAGGAGAUGGCUGUUGAGGUCGGUAGGCUUUCAGAAGGAGCGAGUGACCACGGUAUCGUUCCCGACAGCCCCCAGUUCCAGCCGGUUGUGGUUCUGAAUGAUCAGGUGGUUUUGAACUGGUUGGCGGAUCAGUCUGCCGGAAAGCAAAAGGCUUCCCGUUCCUUGAAGAGGAAAAACCUCUUCCUGGCCAAGUCUCCCCAUGUCUUGCCUAAAGCCUCUGAUUCCAGGAACAACCACCGAGUGGCCCCCAGUUGUAAUCCUGGAGGGACUGGCCGGAAAGCUUGCAUUAGCGGCUUCAGUUCUAAACGUUGGGGUCGCCAGAAAGUCGAUCGAGCGGCACACAGACAAAACACAGCCUGGAAACAGACUGAUUCUCUCGUCCUGCAGGAGCGGCUGAAGUGGAAUGAGAUCGAAGACCAACUUUCUGUCUCUUUCCUACCUUUGGACUCCUCCCUCAAGAAUUCCAGCUUGUGGCGUAGAAUCCGUGCUUCUUUUUCCCUCCAUAAGAAGAAAAAAAUCCUCUCCGAGGCUGAAAGCCUGAACGGUAGCGCCAUCAGCUAUUAUUCGGCCGAGUCUCCUCUUCACAAAAUUUGCAAUACCCCUUUCACCCAAAAGCUGGGCUAUUCCAUCUGCCCAUCUUCCUCCAUGGUGCUGCUGUCAUCCAUGACCUCUCUCUCCACCUUGGAGACGACCUUGACGGACGCUGAAAAAGUCUACAGGGAAUGCCAGCAGGAGGGGCCGGUCUCCUUUGAGGAGUGGAUUUCUCAAGAGAAGAUGCCGAAGUGUGAAAAAAUCGGGGAAGGGGUGUUUGGGGAAGUUUUCAAAACCGAGACUGAAAGGGGAACCGUGGCUUUAAAAAUAAUCCCGAUCGAAGGGACCGAGCGAGUCAACGGCGAACCGCAGAAGACGUUUACUGAAAUCUUGCCGGAAAUAAUCAUUUCCAAAGAAUUGAGUCUCCUCGCCGAUGAGGUGGCUAACCGAACCUCGGGUUUUAUCCGGUUGUAUUCCGUUCAUUGUGUCCAAGGCGCUUAUCCAGAGCAUCUCUUGAACGCGUGGGACGAAUACCACCGGCUGAGGCAGUCCGAAAACAACCGGCCGGAUUUCUUCAGCGACCAGCAACUCUUCAUGGUCCUGGAGUUUGAAUUUGGAGGCACGGAUCUGGAGAACAUGAGAAACCGGCAGCUGAGCUCGGUAGCUUCGGCAAAGAGCAUCCUGCACCAAGUCACGGCUUCGCUGGCUGUCGCCGAGGAAGCCCUCCGCUUUGAACACAGGGACUUACAUUGGGGCAAUGUGCUGGUGAGGAAAACCAGCUUAAAAGAAGUAGCCGUUACCCUGAACGGCGAAGUGCACGUCCUUCCCACUCAAGGCAUUCUGGUGAACAUUAUUGAUUACACUUUUUCCAGGCUGGAGAGGGAUGGUUUAACAGUGUUUUGUGACCUUUCCACCGACGAAGAAGUCUUCCAAGGGGGAGGGGAUUACCAGUUUGAUAUUUAUAGACAGAUGAGAGAAGAGAAUGCAAACAGCUGGGCCGAUUAUUUCCCCCACAGCAACAUUCUGUGGCUUCACUAUUUAGCAGACAAACUUUUAAAAGAGGUGUCAUACAAAAACAAGGCCACCUCUUCCUCCUUAAAGCAAGUACAGAAACAACUUAGGAUGUUCUCCGCGAAGGUUCUCAAUUUCAAAUCCGCCACUGAGCUGCUUAACCUAGGGACUUUCUUCCAGUGAAUAAACCUGAGCUCGGAGGACCGAGGGAGAGUUUUUAGGCCUUCUCAGAUGCUUUAGGGAAAAAAAAUUCACACACAGUACCCGGAUUUUUAAAACCACAUUAUUGUCAGAGUUGCUCGGCUGUGUUGCUUUGCAUUACGUUUUGAUUAGAGGGAACCCCAACCCUCCCCCCCCGCUCCCAAAACCAUUUUUUUACUCCAAAACUUUAAGUUUAAAUUUGCCCCUAUGGCAAACCCCCUUAAUAUUUUCCUAAUUAUUGUGGCUUGUUUUAAAAUAAAGCACAAUCCUUUUGUAACGAAACCUCAGAAAAUUAUGCCAGCUUUACUUUUGCAGUAUUAAAUCUGAUGAGCGCUUUUUAUAUUAAUAAACAUUUCUAUGUUGCCCAA